AUUUUGUUGCAGCAGAGGAAAACGGGCGCGCUGGGUAGAUGACAUUGUGAAAUCCCGGGAGCUUAAGUGCAAAUGGAGUAGUUAGAAAAUCUUUCUCAACAAACUCUUUUCGUCCUAAAACAUGCAGAAUUUCAAGAAUUUUGCACCUCGCUCACAACGAACUAGCUAGCUAGAGGUUACAGCAUUUUCUUAAACUAGUUAGCGAACUUACUUUAGUUGCACGAGUCUAGCUGCUGCCAGCUUUGACCAAGAAAAAGGAGAAGUCACAACUUGCAGUUUGAGGGUUGUUCUGCAGGAAUGUCGCAGAAAGAACGACCUACGUUUUAUCGGCAGGAGGUGACCAAGACGAUUUGGGAGGUACCAGAACGCUACCAGACCCUGUCUCCAGUCGGUUCCGGGGCCUACGGAUCAGUUUGCUCGUCGUACGAUCAGAAGACGGGUCUGAAGAUCGCUGUGAAGAAGCUCUCCCGGCCUUUCCAGUCCUUUAUCCACGCCAAGAGAACCUACAGAGAGCUACGGCUGCUCAAGCACAUGAAGCAUGAGAAUGUGAUCGGCCUUCUAGAUGUUUUCACACCUGCUACUAGUCUGGAGGAGUUCAAUGAUGUGUACCUGGUGACCCACCUGAUGGGGGCAGACCUCAACAACAUAAUCAAGUGUCAGAAGCUGACAGAUGACCAUGUACAGUUCCUCAUAUACCAGAUCCUCCGGGGGUUAAAGUAUAUCCACUCAGCAGAUAUCAUUCACAGAGACCUGAAACCCAGCAACGUGGCUGUGAAUGAGGACUGUGAGCUGAAGAUUCUGGACUUUGGGCUGGCGCGGCACACAGACGAUGAGAUGACUGGUUACGUUGCCACUCGCUGGUACAGGGCCCCAGAGAUCAUGCUAAACUGGAUGCAUUACAACAUGACAGUGGACAUUUGGUCUGUGGGAUGUAUCAUGGCUGAACUCCUCACUGGCAGAACGCUGUUUCCCGGUACUGACCAUAUAAACCAGCUUCAACAGAUAAUGCGUCUGACAGGAACGCCCCCAGCCGCUCUAAUAAGCAGGAUGCCAAGCCACGAGGCAAGGAACUACAUCAACUCCUUGCCUCAGAUGCCCAAGAGGAAUUUUUCUGACGUGUUCAUUGGAGCCAACCCACAAGCUGUGGACCUGCUGGAGAAGAUGUUGGUUCUGGACACAGAUAAGAGGAUCACGGCUGCCCAGGCUCUGGCCCACCCCUACUUCUCCCAGUACCACGACCCAGACGACGAGCCUGAGGCUGACCCCUACGACCAGAGCUUUGAGAGCCGCGAUCUGGACAUCGAAGAAUGGAAACGGCUGACCUUUGAGGCGGUAUGUGAUUUUGAGCCACCCAUCUUCGAUGGAAACGAUAUGGAAUCGUGAUUGGGCGAUGUGACUUCUACAAGCCCCUCUCCCGUCAACACCACACAUCUCUAUCACUGAGGUUCCCUCUUAUCAGACGACCUUUUGGAAUAAUAUUAUCAGAGUGCCUACAAACGUUUGUCUAUUGUUAGUUAUAUUUCUUAAGCUCGCGCUCUCUCCCACCAUUUUGACUCCGUAAGGUGUUGCAAGGGAAACGUUACAAAAAUAGCUUGGUCACAGAUUUCUUGGUGCUGUGGCAUGACAAUGGCCAUGGGAGUUGGCUGUACAACCCAAACAGAUAUGGGACCAGGCUAGAACUACAAUGGAGGAUAGGAGAGCGACAUUUUAAGGGCUGUUAAAUCGGUGUUAACAAAUACUGAUUGUGUCUACUACCGUGUAUUUUCAUGGGAGAAACAGAGGCAAGCAGAAAACAACCACUAAUACCAUUAUUGGUCCAUUUCUGAAAAAUGUCAUGCUUCUUUUAUUAUUCUGUCUAUUUGUGUCACAAAUGGCACCCUAUUCCCUAUUUAGUGCUCUACUUUUGACCAGGGCACUAUAUAGGGAAUAGGGUGCCAUUUGGAAUAAAAUCUAUAUUUAAACUAG